UCGGCUGCUGUCAGCUUCAGGAGCUUGUCACUUAUACGGUGAAAACACGUAGUGGAACAGAUGAGUCUCACGUAUUUCUGGAGCAGAGAUGGUCUAAACAACACAAAGCGCUGAUUUUCCACAGCCCAGUAUCACCAUGGAAACCGUCAACAACUAUGUGCUGAUUCAUGGGAAGAACAUAUCCCAUAAUAGCCUUGCAGGCACCACUGCUGGGGCCCACAUGUCCAUCGACAAACUGUUUCCAGCUCUUCUUGAGUGUUUUGGCAUUAUAUUGUGUGGCUACAUAGCUGGCAGAGCAGAUAUCAUCACAGAGAGCCAGGCAAAGGGUUUGGGGAACUUUGUAUCCAAGUUUGCUCUUCCAGCUUUGCUCUUUAAAAACAUGGUGCUGUUGGACUUCGGAAAUGUAAUCUGGGCGUUUCUCUGGAGCGUCCUGAUCGCUAAGGUGUCAGUGUUUGUGCUGGUAUGUGUGCUGACACUGAUGGUAGCCAGUCCAGAGAGCAGGUAUAGCAAGGCUGGUCUGUAUGCCAUCUUUGCUACACAGAGCAAUGACUUUGCCUUAGGAUAUCCCAUAGUUGAUGCUUUAUAUCGGAGCACAUACCCAGAAUACCUCCAGUACAUUUACCUGGUUGCCCCGGUCUCCCUCAUGUUCCUCAAUCCCAUCGGCUUUGCUCUUUGUGAGGCUCAGAAGUGGAAGCAGGCCAGCCAUCCACAGCACAGCACUCUUGGCAUCCUGGGAAUUGUGGCCUUACAGGUAUUGAAGAACCCAAUCGUGUUCAUGGUGAUUGUGGGUAUCAUCUCCCAUUUUGCCCUGGGUCAGCGUAUACCUGCAGUGUUGUCAGAGUUCAUAGAUGGACUGGCCAACUCUUUUGGAGGGGCAGCCUUGUUUUACCUUGGCCUCACUAUGGUCGGUCAACUAAGAAAACUAACCAGAGACACUGGAGUUGCCUUGAUACUCCUCAUUACAGCCAAACUUCUGGUGAUGCCACUGGUCUGCAAAGACAUGGUCGAUAUUCUAGAUGUCGGAGAAAACAGCACAAGUGUCAACCACACCAGUUUAUCCAAUUUCGCUUUCCUAUAUGGAGUCUUCCCCACUGCACCGAGUGUUGCCAUCUAUGCUGGACACUACAACACGGAGUUAGAGGUGGUGACGUCAGGAAUGGUUAUCAGUACGUUUCUGUCUGCACCGAUCAUGUACGUGUCAGCCUGGUUAUUAACAAUCCCCCUGAUGGACCCGAUGCCCCUGGUGACUGAGCUCCAAAAUGUUAGCUUCAACAUCAGUAUUGUAAGCCUUGUAGCACUGGUGUGGACCAUCGCUGUGAUGUUACUCAGCAGGAAAUUUAACAGACUUCCUCACCUUUUUGCCUUAAAUCUUUUCCUGGCUCAGUUUUUGGUGUGUGUCAGUAUGAUCCUGUGGAACUUCUUGGUGAAACAAGAUGAUAAUCUGGUGGGCAAAAUUCUGACCUUCACCCUGCUCUAUGGAUCUCUCUACAGUACUUAUGUCUGGACAGGCUUAAUCCCUCUUUGCUUGGCCCUGACUGACAGAGAUGAUCUGCUCAGACUAAGACCAGGAAUAUUCAUGAUUUUGGGUUGGGGGGUCCCAUUCCUUGUGGUUGGAGGUCUUUUGAUAUCAGGAGAGAGGACUGAUACCAUGGAUUCUGCUUUCUUUUAUGGCAGAGCUCAGAUCAUCAGCACAGCAGUGGUGCUUGCCGUCAGCCUGGGGCUUGGUGCAGUGUCUCUGAUGGGGCUCAGCCAGGGAGACCGCGAGCAGAGUGGUUACCAAGCCCUGAGCAGAGCUGCUGUAACAGGCAUCGCUGAUGAGAUGAGGCCCCCUGGUGGUAUGGAGGAUCCACACCCACCACCACCACAACAAGCUGAGAUGGCAAACUCACCUUUAUGCAGCAUUAACUCAGACCUCCACGGUUUCUCUCCUGUUCAGGCUAUGCCUGACAUGAUAGCCAGCACGCAGAGGGAGCACACAAACAACACAGGCCACAGUGGGGCGCUGUGUGACGUGCCGCAGCAGAGUUCUUCCUCAGAACAACCACUCAACCUGCCACCACCGGGGCUCCAACCCACCGAUGAUAAACAGACAGUCAGACAUGUUCUGCUCUCUCUGCUUCUCUUUGUCAGCCUGCUGGCGAACCUGUCCAGCUGUCUAUGGUGGUUGUUUAACAAAGAUCCAGGAAGACUUUACCUGGAACUGCAGUUCUUCUGUGCUGUGGCAAACUAUGGGCAGGGUUUCCUCUCCUUUGGGAUCUUUGGUCUGGACAGACACCUCAUCAUCUUGCCUUUCAAGAGGAGGCUGCUUGGUCUGUGGCACGGCAGAGACAGUGAGGAUUUAAGUCCCUCAGGUGUCCCAGAGGAGGUCAGACUCACCUGUACCCAGUUUGUCCGCUAUCACAAAGACCAGUGUGUACAAGACAUAGUACACACACGCAGGUUGUGUGGAGGUAGAUGGCUGGAUGAGGAGAAUGGGGUGGUGAGACAUCCCUCGUCCCAUCAGCCCCAGCACACAAACCAGGACGUCCAGGAGCCACAAAAUCUGCACCAGAUUCACCAAAGUCAUGAACCAGCUGAAUGCGGCCAUUUUUUGCAUCCACCACCAAGACCCCAGCUCGAGCCGGAACAAGCUUGUGUUUCAAACUCUGACACGUCAGAGGAGCAGAUUUCCCAGCUUCCCUCUGACAAAUGUCACGAUCCAGCUAAUCCUCAACACCCGCACCAGCAUGUUCUUUCUUCAAGCCCAUCCCAUCACCAUCAUCAUCAUCAUCAUCAACGUCCACAGACCCAUGUCAAAAGUGUGUUUACGGGUAGUGCCUUGGUGGACUGGCUGGUUGAUCGGGGCCUGUGUGCGGGGCGAGCUGAGGCCCAGCUGUACGGCGUUCGACUUCAGCGGGGAGGAGUGUUCCAUCACUUGACCGGUCAGCACAGCUUCAGGGACAAAACUACGCUGCUGUACCACUUCACACAGGGCGGAGGGGAGGAGUGGCUCCAGAAUGUGUGUUUGGAAAGGAGGUGUAGAGAUCGGUGAGCAGCAAUCACCAUGAAUGAAUGAAAGCCGGCAUGGAAACUUCUCAUGAUGUGGUUUUAGUGACAAGCAUCAAAUAAUUGUUCUAAAAAUGGGGGCAAUGCCCUUUUUUCCUCCACAACAAUCUACCCGACGUCUAUCAUUGUGGUUGUUUGAAUUAAUUUUCUACAUAAAAGCAUGUUUGUCUUGAUUAGCGGUUUGUCGCAGACCCCAGUUAGUCCUUAUAUUAACAUCGUCAGAAAAACCACGUUCAGCGGUUGUUUGAGGACACGCGUGACGUCACUCCUGAGUCUGCAUGACCGUAAUCCGCCCUCAGGAUCGAGUUAAGAUUAUCUUCUGACCCACUGUAGUGUCACAGGAAUUUCUUAUCUCUUAUUAUCGGCACUCGUACGACACUUUUUUUUGUAGCCAACGCCAUGUUAUUAAUGUUUUUCACAUAAUUCUUUCCUUGCCAACAGACAUGACGUAGGCGUGUAGUUAAAUAGUGAGCGGGGAAAACCAGGUCUCAUCUCCUGUGAUCAUAGGAGGUGUGUCCAGGAAGCACUUUAAUGCCAGGUGUAAACUUAUCUGCCUGCGAUCAGGUCACCUGGUUAAUACCAGGCCUUAAGGAUCCUUAGUUAUUUGUGGUGGUUGCAGCAUGCUUGUCCAUCCAGACUUCACCCCAGGGCCCUCAUGUGAAAAUGUGUGGAUGUUUUUAUUUCAGUGUUUGUUUUGUUUUCUUUCCAUUGCUCUGAUCUGAGCGGACUAUUGUAACAUUUUGAUUUCUUUGAGCCAAUGAGUAAGUUCAACAUGAAGGAGAAUUAAGCUUUUUUUUUUAAGGACAAGUUGCCAUUCAUCAGUAUCUAUUCUUCAAGUGUUUGAGUUCCAGUUGUAAGAGCAGACCUGAAAACUGAUUGCACUCCAUGUCUGCUCACUGAAAGCCAGUGGUCUCAUAGUUUUCUCUUCUGAAUACAUCAGAAACAAUUCAGGAUCUGUGUGUUAUUUCAGUGUUUGAUGUGUUGCACGCUGUGUCUUAUAACACUGGACUAUGCUGCCUUCUUGCAUGACUGAGAGCAGUACAACAACUCUGCUCACUACAGAAACCUUUGCACUGAGUUAAUGAUGACACCCUUUGUGGGUUCCAUUUCUAAGUCAAAGAACUCACUGGAUGUUUGUCUUGUGAUGAUACUGCACUUUUGAGAAAAUCUUACAUUAUGUGAACUGUCACUGACUUCUUAAAAGUAAUGUAGCACCUACUGAAGGACUGGCAACACUGACCUACACUACAGCUGUUGUAUUAAGUUGCUGUUGAUUUGUGAUGCUGUUACUACAGAGUUUACAAUGAUUUGUCCAGGCUGUAGAAGGUGGAUAAAUGGAGAAUACACUUGUGUUCAUGUGAGCAUAAACUCUAAUGCCAGUUAGAUGUGAUAUUUCUGUGGUGUUACAGUUUAGAUACCAUUGAACUUGAUAAAGAACGAGACACAUUCAUCACGUUAUAAUUAGAUUUUUAUGGUUCUGGAAGGAAAAUACAAAGGAUCUGAUGACCAAACCUUGUCCAAAUAAGUGGAUGCAGUGAGUAUUCCUGUCAUCAGGUGCCUAUUUCAGCUGUUUUCACUCGUGCAAAUGUGUCACUAAAACAAGUGUCCCCCCCCCCCAAACGAGUUGGGUGGGGCAACGUUGCUGCAUCUUGUGAUUCAUGCAGACCAAGACCACUGUUAUUGAUUCAAGAAGUACAAAAAAAGCCAAAGUGUCACCCCCCCAUAGCAUGAUAAAGAUGUACGCAGACCAUUCUCAAGUGCUGUGCUAACCCCUGACUUUGUUCCGUGCUGCUGGGUCCAUGUGCUCCUGUAUAUAACCAUAACUUGCCGUCUUUGUAACUUUUGCCAACCGGUUUCAUGCAGUUCAUAUCAGGCUCUUGUGUUUACUGGGUUUGUUACAAGUGACAUUUCUUUAUGGUGUGAAUGGUGUGUGUGUGUGUGUAUGUAUAGUCGAGUUGUGAGAGGGAACAUGAGAGAUUGUUCUCAGCUGUGACUGUGUUGUGUCAGUGGAUGCUUAGUUUCAAGCGAGUCAGAGUCAAAGACUGUGAAUACGAGAAAGACACAAAUAAACUACCGUCUGCAUCCAAA